AUGGGUGUUCCAGCCUUUUAUCGUUGGGUAUUGGAGAAAUAUCCUAAAUGUGUUGUUGAUUGUAUUGAAACUCGUGCUGUUGUACUUGAAGGUGAACGUCAUUUUGAAUUAACUGAGAUUACUGGACCAAAUCCAAAUGGGUUUGAAGUUGAUAAUUUAUAUAUUGAUAUGAAUGGAUUAAUUCAUCCAUGUGCUCAUCCAGAGAAUGGAGAAGCACCAAAGACAGAAGAAGAAAUGUAUCGUCGUGUUAUGGCCUAUGUGGAUCGUCUAAUGGCUGCUGUACGACCACGUCGUGUCUUGUAUUUAGCUAUUGAUGGAGUUGCACCUCGUGCAAAAAUGAAUCAACAACGAGCUCGGAGAUUUCGAUCGGCACAGGAAGCAGAACAACGUAUGGAAGUGGAAAAAGAAGCGCUCGAGUAUAUGAGUGCAUUAGGUCAUAAAGUACCGAAGAAACAAGAGAAAGCGUGGGAUUCAAAUGUCAUUACACCUGGUACAAAAUUUAUGGCCAAAUUGGCCAAAUACUUGCGCUUUUAUAUUCGAGAUCGUGUCAACAAUAAUGCUGCGUGGAAGUCAAUAAAAGUGAUUCUAUCAGAUGCAGGAGUGCCUGGAGAAGGAGAACAUAAACUCAUGCAGUACAUUCGUGUGCAACGCUCCCAGCCUGGAUACGAUCCGAACCAACACCAUGUGCUUCAUGGUCUCGACGCUGAUCUUAUUAUGCUGGGACUUGCUACCCAUGAAGUCAAGUUCUCCAUCUUGCGUGAAGAAGUGCUGUUUGGAAAACAAAAGUACGAGAGGGAACGUCAAAAAGAGCAGCAAAUGGUGCUUGAUGCUAAUGGAACGACAUUGAGUAAGAGGAAACGUGGAGAGUUUGGCGAGCAUGAUUCUGAUCUGGUUGCAUCGGAUUUGAAACCUUUGCAGUACCUGCACAUUGCUACUUUGCGUGAGUAUCUUCAGAUCGAGUUUGAACCAUUGUCCCGUGUCCUUCCCUUUGAAUAUGACUUUGAGCGCGUGAUCGACGACUUUGUGUUCCUAUGUUUUUUCGUGGGUAACGAUUUCUUGCCACACCUGCCGUCGCUAGAUAUUCGUGAUGGCGCAUUGGACUUUUUGAUCUUAGUCUACGCAAAACUGCUGCCAGCUAUGGGAGGAUAUCUCACGGAUGGUGGCCACGUGAAUUUGUCCCGCGUUGAUGUAAUCCUUGCUGAGGUUGGUCAAGUGGAAGACGUGAUUUUUCAACGUCGAGCACUCAAACAGGCAGAAAAUGAAAGGAUGCGCAAGUCGCGCUUGUCCAAUGAGAAGAAGGACCAGAUUGCCGCUGCAGCGGCGAAGGACUCGGCUGUCGAGAUUUUGAAGAAGCGCCGUAUCGAUAACGAUGCUAUUGCUGCGGACAAAAAGUAUGGUGGUUUAACACCAGAGGAGGCCGUGAAAGCACGCGUGAAGGAGAGCGUAGAAAACAAAUUGGAAAAGUAUCGCGAGGAGAUUGAAGAUGUUGUUCGUUUAGGUGAACCGGGCUGGAAGACCCGAUAUUACAGCGACAAGCUGAAGGCAGAUGAUAUUGAGAUUGGUGGGGGACGUGAGCGCGUUUUCCAUGCCUAUAUUGAGGGCCUAUGCUGGGUGAUGCGAUAUUAUUACACAGGUUGUGCUUCGUGGCAGUGGUUUUACCCAUUCCACUACGCUCCUUUUGCGUCAGAUUUGCGCAAUAUUGACCGUUUUGAAAUUACGUUUGAAGAGGGUCUUCCGUUCCACCCUUUUGAACAACUAAUGGGUGUGUUCCCUGCAAAUAGUGGCCACGCCAUUCCAAAGCCGUACCGCUGGUUGAUGUCCGAUCCCGAGUCGCCCAUCAUCGACUUUUACCCGAAGGAUAUUCCAGUUGACCCCAACGGCAAAGCAAUGCCAUGGCUGUGGGUUGUGCUGCUUCCAUUUAUUGACGAGCAUCGGUUACUGGAGGCGAUGAAGGAGCCAAACAAGAAGUUAACUGAAGCCGAAAAGAAGCGAAAUGCACGAUUUGGCAAGGAAGUGAUAUUUUUCCAUUCUAAGUGCCCUGUGACCAAAAUUCCACCGACCAUAGAACUUGCAGAGACACAAGCCGAUCCCAGGUUGUCUCAGUCGUUCAACGGGACGCUCAUUUACAGUGAUGCUUUCUAUUUUGCUAUCGGCGGAAUAGUGCCGAGCCCAGAAAAGGCUCAAAGGCAUUUGAUGGACAUUCCAAAUAAUCAGUGCUACAGCUUCCAGUACCGUCUUCCACCCACGCUACCGCAUUUCUCAAAGAUCCUGGAUGCUGCUCAGUCGCCCAGUCCUGUCCUGAUCACAGAAAAUGACAAAAGAAUCACUAUCCCGUUCUUUGGCAAGGCCAACAUCAACAUUGUGGAUUUGGCCGGCGAUGCAUCAAACUGCACUAAUGGAUAUCAUCAACAACAAGGAAACCAGCGUUUUGUGAACAAUAACCUGAAUGUGGAUCGCUACCAUGGCCCUCCUCAGCAGCAACAGUACAACCAGUACAUGGCGAACGGUUAUGGUAAUUGGGGCUCCCAGGAACCGCGUAAUAAGCGUGGACAUUACGGUGACUCCCACAACCAGAACAACGGAAGUCAGUCAUAUGGCCGCCCAAGCUCGGACUAUCGUGGUGGCUACAAUGGCAAUAGUGGUCGUGGAUAUCAGGGUGGUUUUGGUGGUCGAGGUGGACGUGGUGCUCCUAUUCAGUCAGCAUUUGGCGGUAAUUUGCAACGAGCUCAGACAUACCCUUCGCACCAUAUUGGAUCUGCUCUACCUUCCAAUGUUCCAGCACCACAAGGUCUUGAGGCGUUAAAGGCUGGAUUACGUAGUAUGCAUCAACAACGUCAGAAUGAUCCAAAUGGUGCACCCAAGAGUGAUACAAGUCGCUACGACCGUAACUGA